AACCGGAGCCACAUUUUCAAAAGUAUUACGGCACCGCCCAUAUCCUUGGAACUCACUUAAGCCCAGUAUGACUCUUUCACCACCCGCAGAUGACCAACUUUUAAACGUGCCGGACUUGUCGCCAUGAGAAGUUGGUCCUAAAAAAUAUCCCUUCAUUUCAGAAAUCCAAAUUCCACUGAGGCCAUCCUUACCGUCCUCCAUGGAUCUUCCUGAUCCCACGUGCGACCUACACUGGUCUGCCUUCAGAGGAGCAAUUCAAGACAUAUUUUCUAAGAAUGCCAAAAAGCACCCAGACCGCCUGUGUGUAGUUGAGACAGCCUCGUCCUUCUCGCCGAGGAGAGAAUUUCUGUAUCGUCAGAUCGAUGAGGCGUCAAACGUCUUGGCACACCACCUGGUUCAGGCCGGUGUUCAGCGCGAUGAGGUGGUCAUGUCAUACAGCCACAGAGGCGUUGAUCUCGUGGUUGCCGUCAUGGGCAUUUUGAAAGCUGGCGCUACAUUUUCCGUCAUUGACCCAUCAUAUCCCCCAGAUAGACAGAUCAUCUAUCUCGACGUUGCCCGACCCCGGGCAUUGGUGGUUAUCGACAAGGCCACCCAGGAGGCUGGACAAAUCUCGGACAAAGUUCGCGCAUUCAUCUCAGAAACUCUUGAAUUACGCACCGAGGUCCCGGCUUUGGAACUGAAGGAUGACGGAACGCUACUUGGAGGCAGUAUAAAUGGGAAGGACGUUCUCGCGGACCAGGCUAGCUUGAAAGAGAACGGGCCUGGUAUCCUCGUCGGACCUGAUUCGACUCCAACUUUGUCGUUUACUUCUGGAUCAGAAGGUCGACCCAAAGGUGUGCGAGGGCGGCAUUACUCUUUGGCCUACUACUUCGACUGGAUGGCAGAGCGUUUCAAGCUUACGGCGGACGAUAAGAUCACCAUGUUGAGCGGUAUAGCCCAUGACCCUAUUCAACGAGAUAUCUUCACCCCCCUUUUUCUCGGUGCCCAGAUUUUGGUGCCCUCAAAGGAGGAUAUUCAGCACGAGAGACUUGCGGAAUGGAUGCGGGAGCAUGGUGCUACCGUUGCGCACUUGACCCCAGCCAUGGGCCAGAUCCUGGUUGGAGGUGCCAGUGCAGAGUUUCCAGCUCUCCAUCAUGCGUUCUUCGUUGGUGAUAUCCUCAUUAAACGCGAGUGCAAGGCUUUGCAGAGACUAGCGGAGAAUUGCUUUAUUGUGAACAUGUACGGAACUACCGAGACGCAAAGAGCUGUCAGCUACUUUGAACUGCCGAGCCGUAAGGCGGACCCAGAGUAUCUCGAUAACAUGGGCAACGUUAUCCCAGCAGGAACAGGUAUGAAGGAUGUCCAAUUGCUGGUUGUUGACCGUGAGAACCGCAACAGAAUCUGCGGUGUGGGCGAAAUUGGUGAGAUCUAUGUCCGCGCCGGUGGUCUAGCAGAAGGCUACCUGGGUGCUGACGAGCUCACAAAACAGCUCAACGAAACUAAGUUUGUCCAGAGCUGGUUUGUAGACAACUCACAAUGGGUAGAGAAGGACAAGCAAACUGCAAAAUCAGUCGAGGAGGAGCCAUGGCGCCAGUUCUACAAGGGGCCCCGCGAUCGGAUGUACCGGUCUGGUGAUCUCGGACGCUACAUGCCUAGUGGAGACGUUGAAUGUGUUGGCCGAGCAGACGAUCAGGUCAAGAUUCGCGGAUUCCGUAUCGAGCUGGGUGAAAUCGACAAGUAUCUGGCGGAUCACGAUAUGGUCAUGGAUAACCUUACGCUCGUACGAAAGAAGGAGGACUUCUCCUCGUACUUGGUCAGUUACGUCGUCCCCGACAUGCAGAAGUGGUCAGCCUGGCUGCAAGAGCAUGGCAAGGAAGACGACACGUCCGGUGAAGGCAUAGCUGGAAGGAUUCGUCGGUUCUGGCCCCUUGCGGAGGAGAUCAAGAAAUACCUGAAGACGAAGCUACCAAGUUACGCGAUUCCCGAGGCUCUUAUCCCGCUCGAGAAGUUCCCCCUGAAUCCAAAUGGCAAGAAGGACAAACCUGCGCUUCCCUUGAAAGAGUCUGCGGACCUCGAUGCGGCACUCAACGAGGCACACGUCAAUGUAGAUGUGCCCAUGACGGAAACCGAGAAGGAAAUGGCGGCAACUUGGAGGAAUCUGGUCAAGCGGCCAAUCGUUCCCACAGACAACUUCUUCGACAUUGGCGGCCACAGUAUUCUUGCCCAACAAAUGCUCUUCCAGAUCAACAAAAAGUGGCCUGGUAUCAGCCUUACCAUGAACAGCGUCUUCCGAAACCCAACACUGGGUGCUUUCGCCGCCGAGAUCGAGCGAAAGGUGUCUACGCCACAUGGCAGUAGUGAAGCAGAACAGGGCGAAGAUUAUGCUGCGGACGCGAAGUUAUUGCUGCUGAAUCUUCCUGCUCAUUUCCCUAACGCUGGAGGGACCAUCACGGGUUCAAACAACCUUACUGUGUUCCUUACUGGUGCCACUGGGUUCCUGGGAGCCUACCUCUUGCGGGACCUCCUAGCCCGUCCAAAGCUCCAAACACGAGUAAUUGUCCAUGUCCGGGCAAAGAACAAGGCGGAAGCCAUGGAUCGAGUUCAAAGAUCUUGUGCGGCCUACGGCGUGUGGGAGGAUUCAUGGAAGACAAGAAUAUCUGCAGUCACUGGAAGUCUUGGCGAGCCUAGGUUGGGCCUUUCGGAAGAAAGAUUUGAUCGACUUGCGAAUGAAGUCGACGUAGUCAUUCACAACGGUGCACAAGUACACUGGGUUCUUCCUUACUCCAGCCUCAAGCCGGCAAAUGUCCAGGGUACGCUGGACAUUCUGACGCUUUGCGCCCUGGGCAAGCCCAAGCAACUGGCUUUUGUGUCGUCUACGUCUGUUCUCGACACACCGCACUAUGUCAAGCUAUCGCAAGAAUCGGUCAAGCAAGGUGGCACUGGUGUGCAGGAGGAGGAUGAACUUUCCGGUAGUGCCACGGGUUUGGGCACUGGUUAUGGUCAGUCGAAGUGGGUAGGAGAGUACCUUGUGCGGACAGCAGGCCUCCGAGGUCUGGCCGGUACCAUCAUCCGCCCUGGAUAUAUCCUGGGUGAUUCAAGAUCCGGUGUCACCAACACGGACGAUUUCCUUAUUCGCAUGGCCAAGGGCUGCAUCCAGCUGGGAUCCCGACCUCAGAUCCAGAACACUGUCAAUAUGGUACCUGUUGACCAUGUUGCUAGAGUGAUUGUUGCCUCGGCAUUUAGCCCCCCUCAAACCCCUCUUGGCGUGGCACAAGUCACCGGUCACCCUCGCUUGACCUUCCAAGAAUACCUGGGAACUCUUGAGACCUACGGUUACAAUGUGCCAGAGACACAAUACAGUGAAUGGAGCGAAAGCAUGCAGAAGUACGUCGGCGAUACGAGCAAGGAACAACACGCAUUGCUUGGUCUUUUCCACUUCGCUACCACCGAUCUGCCCGCCGAGACGAUCGCUCCCGAGAUGGAUGAUAAAAACGCAGUGCAGGCAUUGAAGUCGGAUUCCGAGUUCACGGGACAGGACUUGUCAAGGGGAGCAGGGGUUACUGAGGAAAUUAUGGGACAGUAUCUGGCAUAUUUGGUUGCCAUUGGCUUCUUAGAGGCGCCAGCUGCGUCGGGUAAGAAGCAACUGCCGAAGGUUGACAUCAACCCAGAGCAGAAGAAUGCGCUACGUAGUGUUGGUGGACGAGGUUCUUUGGUGUAAAGGAAAAUAGGGAACUGCCAUAGAAAGAUAAGACAAAAUAGUAAAAUUCAACGUCUUUGA